AGACGCUAGGAUACAUAUACCAGGGAUGAACGUCGCCUGGUCUCCCUAUCGUACUCUUGACUCGCCUCGAUCGCUAUCGGCAGAUCUUAAACCUUUUGGCCCUGUAGCCCAUCUUGCGGAAAAUGUGCUCCAUGAGCAUCGCCGUGACUCUGGUUCUCGUGGCACUGGGGGCCCAAGGGCUGCCCCCCGGCGGACUGCCCCUCGGCGGGUUGCCCCCCGUCGGGCUACCCAUUUUCAGUCGGCCUCCAUGCGAUUCUCCUGACAUAGAAGCUGUAGCCAUGGUGGCUCAGGAUUACCUAAAUGGCCAACACACUCACGGCUACAAGUACGUCCUGAACAGGAUUGAGGACGUAAAGAUCAUCACAACGCUCAGUGGAGAAGCUACAUACCUGAUGGAGGUGGACCUAUUGGAGACAAGCUGCCAUGUGCUGGAUCCCAAGCCUCUUACCAACUGCUCUGUCAGGCCCAAAGUGAUGACGGCAGUUGAAGGAGACUGCGACGUGGUGUUGAAGCAGGUGGGCGGGGCUCUAAGCGUCACCGCCUUCAAAUGUAAAACUGAAGAGUCAAGAGAAGACAUGUGCCUCGACUGCCCCACCCUCCUCCCCCUGAAUGACACCAUUGGAUUAGACUUUGUCCAGGCGUCUCUAGGAACAUUCAACGUCAGAACCAAUCAGACCUUCAGCCUAAUGGAGGUUGGGAGGAUGUCCAAAAAGCCGAUAUCUGCUGGAGACAUCAUUGCGGCUGAGUAUGUCAUAAUAGGAGCCAAUUGUACAAGCAGUGAAUGUGUGCCCUUGGAUAAUGCUGAACAAGGCUUUUGCGUGGCAGAAGGUUUGGGUUCUGACUACACCGUCGACUGCACUAUGUUUGGCGUUCUGUCAAUAAACGACAGCAGCACUGCAGCCUCCAGUCCUUCCCUCCUCCCAGUGAUCCAGCCAGGUCUGAGACACCACAAACUCACCCUGAUCCAUAACCCCGGGCUCAGCGGACUCCUGUCUGCCGAAUCCGCCGGCGAGUCCGGCGAAUCCACUGAGUCCGGUGAGGUGGUUCAAGUGGUGCUUGGGUCACCAACCUCCGUGGCGGCUGACCCUCCCCUGUCUACUCUCGUCCCCGUUAACGCUGUUCUCGACCCGGUCAUGGAGCUCUUGCCAACUCUACCCGUCAACCUGACAGUGGAGGACAAAGACAUAGCUGAUGUCGUGCCAACGGUUGGCUCCAUCCCGACCGCGGGUCUGCCAGCCGGUGAUGACAGCACAAAGGCUGUGGUAGUAAAAAGGGCAGCAGAAUCAGUUAAGCCCGUCAUGCUUGAUGAAACAGAACUGACCCUUCCUGUUCCACAAUGUCCCGGGAGGAUCAGACACUAUUAGGGGUUUGGCGGUUCCUCGUCACAGCGCAAAGACUCCACAGCAUCGCAGCGAGGGCUGUCCUGAUAUACCCCAACAUGUCCUGCUGAGACCUGGCUUUAUACUACGGGGAACUAGCUGCAGAACAUAAGCAACUGAAGAUUCAGCCAAAUAUAAACACUGACAACCUUGACCGAUCAAUAAAGCUAUCCUUAUGGUUGUAUAUUCUCCUAUGAUGCUUGGUAACUAUUCAUUUAUAUGGCAGGGGAGAAAAUUCUUAGAAUAAACAUUUGAACCCAAGUUAGAAUUUUGAUUUGACCAUGGCUGUUGAGCUUCACACUUAGUUGCUUCAUACCCACAAGACCCCAUAAGAUUCAAAUAGCUUUUGCCAAAUGCGACCUAAUAAAAUAUAAUUCUUGAA